AUGCGAUUCACCGAGUUCAUCGCGCCAAUGGCGCUUCUUGUCACCGCGGCCAUGGCUGCACCCCAGGGUCCUGGCGGUCCUCCUGGUGGCGGCCCCGGAGGUCCUCCUGGUGGUGGCCCCGGUCCUUGGGGAGAUCAUCCUGAGUGGUGGUCUAAAUCUGUGGAACCUACUUGGUAUCCUCCUUCUACCACUUCUUCUUGGGGUACUUGGACUUCUACUACUUGGACUUCUACUGAGACUACCGCCUGGCCUACCCACACUAAGCAUCCCAAGCCUCCCAAGCCACAUAGCUCUGGUUAUUAUCCAAAGCCUCAUCCCAAGCCUCCCAAGCCACAUGGCACUGGUUACCCCAAGCCUCACCACGAAAAGCCUCACCAUGAAAAGCCUCACCACGAAAAGCCUCACCACGAAAAGCCUGAACACGAGAAGCCUCACCACGAAAAGCCUCAUCACGAAAAAUACAAAACCACGACCUACUAUGACUUCUGGGAGUUGUAUUGCCCUGAACCCACCAAGGUGAUUCACAAGGGUGUCACCUACGAAGCCCUCCAGCCAACUACUUUGACCAUCACCAACUGCCCUUGCACCGUCACUAUCCCGCCAACAACCAAGCCUCCGCCGCCCCCUGUUACAAGCAAGGCGCCGCCUCCACCCUCCUCGGUUGUUCCUCCUCCCAAGACCACUACUCCUCCCUCCUCGGUUGUGCCCCCUCCCAAGAGCACUACUCCUCCCUCCUCGAUUGUGCCCCCUCCCAAGAGCACUACUCCUCCUUCUUCCGCUCCUCCUCCCCCGUCUUCUGCUCCUCCUGUUCCUCCCGGCAGCAGCUCGGCCAAGCCUCCGCUCCCGGUCCUGCUCCUCCUAUCCCUAAGCCUCAGCCUCAGCCUCAGCCUCAGCCAGCUCCUCAGCCUGCUCCCCAGCCUGCUCCCCAGCCUGCUCCUAAGCCUCAGCCUCAGCCUCAGCCAGCUCCUCAGCCAGCUCCUCAGCCAGCUCCUAAGCCUGCUCCCCAGCCUGCUCCCCAGCCUGCUCCUAAGCCUCAGCCUCAGCCUCAGCCAGCUCCCCAGCCAGCUCCUCAGCCUGCUCCUCAGCCUGCUCCUAAGCCAGCCCCUCAACCUGCCCCAGCUCCUCAGCCAGCCCCUCAGCCUGCUCCUAAGCCAGUCCCUCAGCCUGCUCCUGCUCCUCAGCCAGCCCCUCAGCCAGCUCCUAAGCCAGCUCCCCAGCCUGCUCCUCAGCCUGCUCCUCAGCCAGCUCCUCAGCCUGCUCCUAAGCCAGCCCCUCAACCUGCUCCUGCUCCCCAGCCUGCCCCUCAGCCAGCUCCUAAGCCAGCACCUCAACCUGCUCCUGCUCCUCAGCCAGCUCCCCAGCCAGCUCCUCAGCCAGCUCCUCAGCCAGCUCCUGCUCCUCAGCAAUCCCAGGCUGCUCCUGCUCCAAACCCAGCUCCUGCUCCUGCCCCUGCUCCCUCCAAGCAAGCCGUCCCGGCUGCCGCUUCCACUGAGCGCGCUGGCUUCGGUGCUGCCAUCUUUGUCGUCGUGGCUGCCCUGCUCUUCUAAGGGAUCAAACCGGCAGAUGAAAACAGGCUCUGCAAGCUUCCUUAUUAGGUACUUCAAAACCCUCGGGUGA